UAUAAGUUUGGUGAUAACUGAACAUUAACUAACAUGGUUUGGUAGCUGAAAGGUUCAACUAGAAUUGAGAAGUAAAAAAGGUUUUAAGUAUUGAAUGAAAGAUUUAUGUUUAGCCGGUGAAUUGGUGCCAAUUGAUAUCUUUGCUUCAACAGUUAAUCUUAUAAGCCCAAGAAAAUUAGGAAAACGGACUUUUCCUGCUUCCCUUAUUUAUUUAUUUAUUUAAUUUAUUUUAAUUUAUAAGUUUAAUUAUCACCUUAACCACCAUCUUCCUAGUUUAUUCAAAUUUUGUAUCUACACUUGUGAUUCCAACUUGCCUAACAUUAUGGGUCCAAUUGAGUUCCUAUUAAUACCAUUGAUUUUCAUCAUCUCAGCCUCCGGUCAAACCGAGAUUGACUCAUCAAUUGAUCAAGGAUUACCUUCGUCAUCUUCAGUUGACUGUUUACCACCUUACAUGUCUACCUUUGAACUUGUUACUGGAUAUGUUUUUUCAUCGGCUGAUGACACAAUGGAGACCAUUUCAGGAGUUUUACAAUUAACUGAAUGUUUAAGCAAAUGCGGUGAAAAUGUUACCUGUCGAUCGGUCAACUUUGAAACUGGACUUUGUGUUCUUUUACGCUCGGAUGCCUCAAUUAAACCCGAAUCCUUGCAGCCCUCGCAGUUUCCAGUCUUCACCAUUUACGCUCAAAAAUCAUGUCUAAAGGGUCUUGAAAAUAAAUCUUGUCUAUCUUCAUGGUCUUUUGAAAAGGUUAUUGGAUAUGAGCUUCGUAAAUACGAGAAAAGACGAUUAAAUGUUACCAGCAAAAACGAAUGUCUUGAAGCCUGUCUUCUUGAGAGUUCAUUUAAAUGUCGAUCCGUAAACUAUGAUAAUGGAACCGGUGAAUGUUCAUUAUCUGAUAUUGAUAGACAUGCCAUUCCAACGAAACCACCAAGGCGAGAUUUUGCACCAUCAAUAUCGUCUCCAUCACAAACAAUUGACUAUUAUGAAUCUAAUUGUAUUGAAGAACCUAAAACCAUGUGUUCGUUUCAAGAGGUAAAGGGCAAAGUAUUGAAGACUGUUGACUCAAUUCAUCCCAACAUCAAUACCACAGAGGAAUGUGAAAAGGCUUGUCUCAAUGCUAUUUACCGAUGCUUCUCUUAUGAUUUGGGUGAACCUAAAAAUGGACGAGUUUGUCGAACCAGUCAUUUAGAGUCUGUUUCAUUGACUCACAUCGAGGAACCUCAUUCUGAAGUACCCGAUGCUAUAACUUAUGAACGUGGACCGUGUUAUAAAUUGAAAAUUGAUUGCCGAGCAAAGGAGAUGAUUGCUUCCAUACAGACAACCAAGCUCUUUAAUGGAAAGGUUUACGCUAAAGCAAAGCCAACAGCGUGUGUCAACGAUGUUACCAAUCAACUUGAUUUUGAUCUGGCUAUGCCUUAUCAUGAUAUAUUGUGUGAUGUAAAGCAAAAGGAAGCCGGAACCUUCGCCAAUGACAUUGUCAUUCAACAUCAUGAUAUGGUGGUAACCACCAAGGACAUGGGACUUUCAGUCAACUGUAACUACGAUCUGUCCAAUAAAAGUGUCACUAAUCAAUCACCCAUCUCAAUCGAAGCUGAUGAACUUGAACGAGAUGAAGCCAAUGUGCAUUCUCAGGUUGUUGGCUCUCCAAACAUAACAAUGCGAGUUGUUGAUAAAGAUGGAAAUGACAUCACCAGUGCUCAAGUUGGAGACUCUUUGACGAUGCGAUUUUCAAUUGAUGAUCCAAGCAGUCCAUACAAAAUGUUCAUAAGAGAAUUGGUUGCUGUUGAUGGAAUGGACGUUUCGGAUAUUUUGCUUAUUGAUGGAGCUGGUUGUCCAGUUGAUAUAAACAUCAUGGGUUUUGUAUCAAAGGUUGAAGCUGAAGGAACUUACUAUCUGGAUGUUCCUUUCGAUGCCUUCAAAUUCCCUACUUCAGAUAUUGUCCAAUUCCGUGCCUUAGUUACACCAUGUUUAACUGGUUGUGCUCCUGUUCCCUGUGUUACACAAACUGCUGAUGGUAAAGUCCAAGAAAGAGAUUCUUAUGGUAGACGAAGACGACGACGACGAUCAGCCGGCAAAACUGAGGAAGAAAAGGAUCUUUUAAUGACACAAUCCAUUAAGAUUACUGAUGUUUUUGAAUUAGAUGGUAAACAGCGACCAGGUGAUAAGAAUAGAAAUUCAUUAGGAAAACUCGAUGAAUCAGAUGGUUCCAGUCCAAAUGACUACUUCCUUUACACAUCAAAGGAUGGAACUGAAUCUGUGCGAAACAUUUUCACUGGUUCUUGUAUCAACAUGGCUGGUUUCACAAUUGCAUGUGGUUUAUUUUUGGUAGCUCAGUUAAUCAUGUUAGUUGUUUGGGCCUGUUGUUGGCAGCGUAAAAUAAACUCGACGUAUAAUUCAUCAAAUUUCUGUGAUAAACGACGCUCUUCAUCGUCAACUCUUCCAAGUCCAUCCUACAUAUACUCAUAUGGUGGUCCAUCUGGUACUUUACCCAACAAGACCAGUGAUUCAGCUUCCAGUUUACGAUACUCAACAAUGGGCUGUCGAUAUGAAUAAGAUAAAUAAUGAUUUAAACACCAAUUUUGGAACCUUGAAAGAUACAUUUUUACUUGGUUCGACUUCCCACCUUCAUUCAUUGAAAGAUAAAACCACAUUGAAUCGCUCUUCCGGUGUCUCUGGUGCCAUACCAAACGAACCCACCUAAUUAUCCAAUAAACCAUUUCACUAUAUCAAUGUAUCAACAUUAGACGCUAAAAAUGCACACCAAUAAGGCACCAGAAUCUAGUCACGUGAUUGACGCUAAAUAUUUCGUAAAAGAUCAUAUUAAAGUGGACCUGAACAAGACUUCAUAAGUUAUCAUUCCUCAGGAAAUGUCAAUCUGGUGAUAUUGCCAUUUAAAGAUAUCAUUACAGAUAUAAAUUAAUGAUCGGGUCCAAUGUGUGUGUCUUCAACCUUAUUUAUUAAUCUUUUAAUUUAAAUUUUGCCUCUCAAUAAGUUUACUAAUUAUUUAAUCAAACCAUUAUUUUAAGGUGAAAAUUGUAAACUUGAUUUUUCACUCACGAAAAAUCAGUACUUACACAUAUCUUCAAUGUUCAUUUCUUACUUUUAAACCCAGUUAUGAAAACUAAGUUAAUUGUAACAACUAUUCAAUUUAGCUUCUCUGUUGAGGUAAACCAGUGAUAUUGUUUUGAGCCAACAAUCAGCAACUCUACUUAAUAUAACUAAUUUAAAGCAACUUGAAAACAAUUAAACAAAUAGAGAGACUCAAUUGAAUCAGAAAGGAUUGUUGACAUUUCAAUGAAAUUUAAAAUUGAAGCCAGUGUUUAGUUUGUGUUAUUGUUUUGGUCAAUAUCACAAUUUUCAUAUUGAUUGGUCGCUACGAUUAACUUAAUUCUCAUUUCUGGAUGUCCACUGUUCACUUAUUGUCCUUGUAUAGCUGACAUCGCGUGAUUAUUUUGGGGAAAACUGUUUUGGGUGCAAUCAUCAUGAUACAUAAAUAGUAUUACCAAUUAAUUUAUUAUAUUUAAUUUUCAAUUGUCCAAUCACUUUUGUAAUUUUACUUUCUGUCUUUUUUAUACUGUAUAACGGUGUGGUCUUCAUAAUUUAUCAAGAUUAAAACAAAUUUCAUGAUCUAUGA